UGCUAUCAAUUGCUUUUAUUGUCACUAUUUUUGCUCAUUUUGUUGUCACUCUUUGUCUUCAAUGCACUCCUCUUUACCACCAAUUAUGACAAUAAGAUAAUCGCUCGCAAUAUAUGCCACACAUUGACCGCCGAUGGCGAUGACGACCACCACUACAGGAUCCGCUACCAAUCCAUACGCCGGUCGUCCCGCCAGAAGUCGGAUCAGCUCUUAGUUGGCGACCGCCGAAGGCAUCCGGACUCCAGUUUUGUCAAUAUAUCGGACAAUAUCUUUAUUUACUCGGCCUUCGAGGUCGACAACCAUUACCUCGUGUUAAUCGGUUUGGCGAAGAAGUUGUUUGAUCCGAUCGACGGCUACGGAAAUCCAUACAAUAAUAGCAUCCCAUUAAACGAUUAUCAAUACUUGUGUGGAUUCAAUGACAACAUAGCGCUGACCACUCGAGCGGUGGUCGAGUAUCUGCCGGAAGGCCACCACUACUCGUACUCUGCCGUCAAAGUGAAGUGCAAAAAACCGAAACUCUUUGAACAAAAGUUGUCCAUAAAUGGCGUUAAACUCAUUGAAAGGGAAACGAAGAGCAAAGCCAUCGCCAAAGCCAUUGAAUCUCAAUUGGUUUCCAUCACUAAAAGCACUGCCAAUACCAGUGAGACGGUCGACGAUAGGGCCGCCGAUCGGGAACUAGUGGUAUGCGUGCGUCCGCUAUACGGAAACAUAUCGGCCAUACAUUUGCUUGAGUUCAUAGCCUACUAUCGGCUCAAUUCUGUGGACAAAAUCGUGUUUUACAACUCGUUUAGCGAUUCGCUCACUCCGGACGACAUGCGGCCACUAAUGGAAACGUUGUCCGCGAUGUCAUUCGUUGAUGUCUUGCCGUUUGUCAUUCCCAACAACUCGGAUGACCGCGAGAUAGUGCACGCGAGGGGACAGUUGACUGCCGUUCACGACUGUCUGCACCGCUACGCCGAUCGCAUACAAAUACACGUCGACUUUGAUGAGUACUUACGGCCGUCGAAGUCCCAGACGAUCCGCGAGUUUGUCUCGUCGCCCGACAUCACUGGUUGGUCGGCUCUGGUUGUGCCCACCGUUAUAUUCUGCACCGAAUACAGCCGUCUGCUCGCCGACGAUGACGGCCGCAGUGGUGGCCACUCUUCCGACCCGUUGCUCACCUCCAACUUCAACCGCCAGAAGACUGUAUGGCCGCACGAAAUACGGUCCAAAGUGGUGGUCAUGAAACCAAAACUCGUGUCCCAAAUGGGUAUUCACAACGUGUGGAAACUCUUUCACCGCAAACACACCGCCGAUCCCAUACUGAACGUGCCAUCCGAUCAACUCCUUUCUAUUGGCGCGUAUGUCGUGUCCAACGGGAAGUCGGGGCCGAAGACGUCGGACACAAUGCAAACCAUUGAAUCGUUUUUGAAGGGAAAAAGUUUUAAAGACUGGAAUGAGAGACUGAAGAGCAGGAGAAAGCGGUCGGCGCUUCUGUCGUCCGGUUCCACACAAAUCGAGGGCUCAAUGGAUCCGAUGAAAGUCUAUAGAGAUUUGUUCAAACGAUACGACACGACAGACGACGCCGAGAGUAAGUCCCAGCGCAACGAAUGCCGCAAAAGGCGACUCCGAAUGUGUCAACAGCACCUGCCCUUCAAUUCAACCGUUUAUCCCAAUAUUAUCGGCGAUCAGUCGGAGGAAGAGGUGAAUCAAUCGAUACCGUUCUUCAAUCUGAUUGGAAAGUCGGGCUGUAAUAGGCGUUUGAAACAAUUGUUGUGCUCAUUCCUGGAGCCUCCCUGUCAUAACGGCCGACCCAUCCCUCCCUGCAAGAAGUUCUGUCGCGUCGCUCUCGAGGGAUGCGCUGAAUAUAUUCCGGCGACACUUGAGUUGUCGUCGGUGUUUGACUGUCGCCAAUAUCCCGACUCUACGGACCCAACCGUUUGCGUGAAUCUGGCGUUAGGCACGUCCUGUGCCAGCGACGAGUUUCACUGUCCAGACAUGACAUGCAUUUCUAAACGAUGGGUUUGCGAUGGAGUUCGUGAUUGUAUCUUUGCUGCGGAUGAGGCCAACUGUAAUAAUGGACAUUCAGAAGCGUGUUCGAGUGAAGAGUUUGAAUGCGAUCGCAAGUGUGUGCCCCUCACCUGGAAAUGUGACGGCGACAGAGACUGUCAGGACAACAGCGAUGAGGCCAACUGUACGUCCCGACCCUCUUGUGGACCCGAUAGGUUCAAGUGUGGCGAUGGCUUUGGUUGCAUACCUCGCCGAUGGGUUUGCGAUGGAAAAGAGGAAUGUCGUGACGGAUCGGAUGAAGUCGGAUGCGCUCAAAAGGAUUGUUCCCGGGGUGAUUUCAAAUGCGACAAUGGGAUCUGUAUACCAAGUAUAUGGAGAUGUGACGGCGCCUCUGAUUGCAAGGAUCAAUCUGAUGAGAGAAACUGCGGUAACACUAACUCCAACCAAUUGAGACACAUUUCCGGACACCUCCAGCCCGAUGGCCAACAGUCCUCCGGUCAAUCACAGCCUCCGAUAAUAGCCCCGCAAAUACUGAAUAGUAUUGUGAACGGAAUCCACGGAUACCCACAACAAGAUCACAUGCGAUGGACUAUGAAUUAA